AUGUUCUCCAAGACUUUCAUCGCAACCCUCCUCGCCAGCGCUGUCGCUGCUAGCCCUAUCGCCGCUAGCACAGCCGAUACUCCCUACACACUCCGUACCUUCCCAACUGGAGCUGGGUCGAUCUUCCGAGGCUUGGAGAUCAAUGCAGACAACGGCUAUCUUUGGGUUGGAAAACCUACACCAGCCGUUCAAUUUUCUUUCGAUAACGGACAUGUAAACAUCCAAGGAGGACAAGAAUUAUAUCUCUCCGACAACUCAGUCGCAUAUGCUGCUCCAAACGCCAGCAUUCAAUACGAUGCAGGUUGGGCGUUCGUCGCCCCUAACAGCGCUCCAAACAGCGUUCUUGGCUCCUUGACAUACCCUGGCAACGACUUCUGGGCUUGCCCAACCUCCGAGGCUAAUGUCUAUUCUAUCGCCGUUUUCCCAACCGAUGACCGUACUUACCCUGUCGCCUGUGAGAAAAUCCUAUUGAUCACUCAGUAG